AUGAUAAAUGCUAGAAUAGUCCCAUUUUCUAUUAAUGAAGUAUGCGAAGUGUUUACGUUUUACGAAUUCGUUAAUUCAAAUAAACUCGACAACUGUAAAACCUUUAUGUUAGCAUAAGCUUACUUUUAUAGUUUUGGUGGUGGUCCCCAAACGACCACCUUUAAAACUUUGACAUUCGAUCUUAUUUAAAUAACAAAUGUAUGA